AAACACGUCUUUUGUAGAACAGAUAACGGCUCGUGACGGAGACAUAUUGAGAGUGAAUGAGAGGAAAUAUGAUAAUUAAUAGUGACGCGCGCGCUCUCGGACAGAUGCUCGCUCCCGUUCGGCGGCUGCAGCGCGAGCUUUUUCUCCUUCUCUGAGGUCGUCGCGCGCACCGGUGUGAUGGCCACCGCGCUAUACGCAUCUGUGAACGUUUAAGCGUUAAAUCAGACAUGGCACGCCGUCAGGGAUCGGUUCUCCUCCGCUGCGCGGUUCUGCUGGUUCUCAGCGGCGGGAGUUCUGCUUUACCGAACCGGGCCGGCAGCCAUGCGCAAUACGACACCACGGACAGUAAUAACACCAAUAAAUACACCAAUAAAGACUCUCUGGGAAUCACCGAGCGGAUACCAAAGCUACAGGACAACAGCAGUACUGUGAGACAGUGGCGAGUUCUGGGGGACCCCGGGCCCUUGUGCGCUUACCGCACUCUCGGCGCUGAUGACCCCGAGCAGCUGUGCUUCCGCUACGCCCAACCUGACUUCAGGUGCGCUAGCGCUAGCUGUCAACAGGUGAGCUCACCUGGAGGGCAACUCACGGCGAAUAUUCUGUCCAACGGAAGUGUGUUCAUUCAGUGGACGGUCGCUCACGAGGGCCCGCCGAAGGGCCCCGCUCCGGGCGGAUUCAGGCUUAGCUGCUGGUGGAACGGAAGCUACACGCAAUUCGAAUGCGCCGCCGUUCAUUUAGGCGCCGGCUGCAGGGAUUAUUUACUUAACGAGCUGCACACAAAUGUGCCCUACCGGCUGUGCGUGCGGCCCUACGCUCUCGAACGGGACGACGCCUGCGUGGAGUUCAGCCUCGCGCCCGGCGGGAUGCAGGACAUCGUUAUCGCCAUGACGACGGUGGGCGGAGCCAUCUGCGUGAUGCUGGUCAUCAUUUGCCUGCUGGUGGCGUACAUCACCGAAAACAUCAUGAACCCGACGGCGCAACACACGCUCACGGCGCAACACUCGCACAGAUCGCACUUACACACGCACCUUUAAAAAAACGCAAGCACAAGUAUCGGCAUCAAACAUCGUUAUCGUCACGCAAACACACACGCGCGCUUUCCUACAACUCAGGAUCGGAAACCAAGUGCGGAAUCCACGUCAAACUCCUGAGAUGCACUUUCACGACACUAUUUACUAUUUACCGGCUGUGUUCGGAAUGGAGUACUUAGCUACUAUUUAACGAAUACUGCGCGGUAUGCGCUGUCUACUACUUUCGAGAAGUAGAAAAGUAGGCUCUGUUCUGAAACGGUAGUGUGCUGCUCAUCAUGUUGCAAUGUGAGUGGCGUCCAGUUCUUUGAAAAGACUGUUUGCAUGUUUUAGCGCAAUUAAAAAUUUUGGCAAUCGAAUAAGGAGUUGCGAAAGACUAAAAGUCAAGGCAUUGCAUUGUGGGAUACAGUAUACCGCAGAAAUAGUAGGAAUAAUAUGACAGUAUGCUAUUCUGAACAUAGCCAUCCCUUACGAAAAUUAACCAUGGUUUUAUUAUAGUAAAAGUGUAGUAACCAUGAUUUUUUUGGCGUAUUGAUUACCAUUUGUAUAACAACAGUUUUACUAUAAAUACCAUGGUUAAACUAUGGUUAGCGCAGGAAAACCAUGUGGUUACCAUGGUUUAACUAUAGUUACCAUGGUUUUAUUUGUGUUAAAGCCAUGGUCAAUUUUCAUAAGGGAUGCGCUAAGCUAUACACCGAUAAGCUUUCUUCCCGUUUAUGUGCAUUUUCAUCUAUAGUCUCGUUUAAUAAUCCCAUUUACCAAAAAAACUGUGCACUCAUUGAUAUUUAGACUGAUAGCUAUAUUAAUAUUUGUUUUAGAAAUGCGAAAUAAUGGCAUAUGACGGCUUUGUGUAAGGUAAUAACAGUGUUUUCAGGCUUAGUGAGUGUAGUAAGGAAGAAAAGCUGCUUUACUUUUAUUCGAGGGACGCUGUAGUUUUGUACUCUGUGUCAAACCCAAUAAUUUACAUACAGUAUGCCUUAUCUUUACACAACUCUUCUAAUUCUGAGUUAGUAAUAUUCACCAGAAUAAGGACCCACUGACUGGCUGAACAGUCAUUUGAAUACUGUGCUUUUUUUCCUCUGUUAUAUAAACCUUUGUGUCAAUAAAAGAGGGUGAAUUUAAUAAACAGGCUUGCUUUGUAUUUUAUUUAGAGACACUGCAGGCAAAAACACUGUUUUUUCAUGCACCUGUCAAUUUUGAGAUUUUUGGCUUUUCGUGAAGUGUUUUUUCAGACUAAUAUCUUUGAAGUCUGUCUUCUCAAAAUGAGAUUUUUCUCCUGCACUGAGCCACACAUCUCCACUUCAGCAGCGCUUACAUACACCAAACUUCACGGUUUUAUUACUAUCUAUAUUCUAAAGGUUUUUACAGAGGGGUUUUUUCAUAUAUAAUUUGCCUGGUUUUAUACAACAUUUUGUUUUAUGGCAUGAUAAAGAGUCUAAUAUAUCAACAAAAUGAAACAAUUUUGAAGCCAAAAUGAAUUGUUAGAAGCUUUUCACAAAAAUUUGGGAUGCCCAUUAUAAUGAAUAAAAAUAGUUAUUGCAUUUUAAUAUUUUUAAAGCAUAAUGUCUUAUAUCUAUCUUAAACCAAGCAUUUUGUCAUGUCCCUGAGGCACUUCGCUGAGUUUGUACUUCAUAAAUUAUUAACAAUAUGUGCAUAGUGUCUGUGAUUUUUGGCAACAAUGUAAGCAUUUGUGUUUCUUUCUUGUAAAAAUCA